ACGAAAUUUAAGUUUUAAAAAAAAAUUGUUUUUGUUAUUAAAGCGAAACAAUUUUUUUUGCCAUCGUGAAAAAAUGGUUUGCGAGAAGAUAUUAGUACUUCAAAAAGAUUCUUGUCUAAAAUUAUAUAGACUAAAAAAAGGUUUAAAGCUCAGUAUUGUUUUUGAUUGUUGCUUUGGUGAUUUAUACACUAAUUACCCAAUAAUUUCUGGGUCUGCUUUUGACCGCAGGAAGUUUUAUUGCAUUAAAAAUCUUAACUCCGUUGAAGACCAAGAUUACCUAGGUAGUUUAUAUUUAACUGUUCCUGGUGUUUUUAACUUAUAUGUUGAAGACAAAUUUGGUGCUCGUUGUUAUCAAUGCACCAUUAUUGUUGAUCCAGUGUUAAGAGCAAUAACAGGGGAGUUAAAUUUAGAUGGAAUAGUCCUUCAAACAGUUCUUACAAAAUGUUUGGGAAUUUUCCCCGAAUGGAAAAACAGAUUAGAAGUUUCUUUUAAAGCUGGAUAUAACAUGCUUCAUUUUUCACCUGUACAAGAAUUGGGAAAAUCAAAAUCAUCUUAUUCUAUAAAAAAUCAUCACAAAUUUAAUUCUGAAAUUUUUGCAGAUGAUUCAAGUUCAGAAAAAGAUCUUAAUUCUUUAAUUAAAAGCAUUCACCAAGAAUGGCAGAUGUUCUCUAUUAUAGAUGUUGUUUGGAACCAUGUUUCUAAUGACAGUGAAUGGAUUUUACAACAUCCAGAAGCUUCAUAUAACUUAAAGAACUCACCACAUCUGAGACCAGCAUUUCUUUUAGACAGAGCUUUAUGGUAUUUAAACAAAAAAAUUAGCAAUGGUCACCUAGAGAAUAUGGGUAUAAGUAAAAAUCUCAGAAGUGAAGAAGAUUUUUCAAGAUUUUCAAUUUAUUUGAGAGAUGUUAUUUCUGGGUUAAAUCUUUGGCAGUAUUUCAUUUUUAAUUUUGAAGAAACUGUUAAAGAAUUUGAAAUAUUAUGCAAUAAUUCAACUUGGCCUUUUGAGGAAAGUUCUUGUCUUUCUGAAUUGGUUAUAAUUCAAGAUCCUCAAUACAAAUUGUAUGGUUGUUUUGUUGAUUUAGAAGUUGCAAAGUCCAAAUGUUUUGAAUAUUGUGGUAACAAGGAAAGUCAUUUGGAGACUGUUUCCCAAUAUGUGAACUAUUUCAAAGAGCUUUUAUCUUGUUUGAUUGAUGAAAAAUUGCAACAGUUUUAUGGUAUGGAAGAAAGAAUUGUAAAUAACAUAUUAGGUUAUGUAAAAUACCAUUUUAUCGAUUCUAGUGGACCAAGGUAUAAUCAUGUGACUGAAGAACAUUCUAUUUCUAUCAAGUACUUUGCGUAUCCGUUCCAUGACUCAUCAUAUGAAGAAGAUGUUUUGCUUAUGGAAGGUGAAGAAGCUAUGCUUAUAAUGGCUCAUAAUGGAUGGGUGAUGGGUGGCGAUGCACUAAAAAACUUCGCUGAACCUCAUUCAAAUGUUUAUUUAGUAAGAGAGUUGUUGGCUUGGGGUGAUAGUAUUAAACUACGCUAUGGUGAAACACCUUUUGACUCUCCUUAUCUUUGGACAUAUAUGAAAGAGUAUACUGAGCAAAUGGCAAGGAUUUUUCAUGGAUUUCGAAUUGAUAAUUGUCACAGCACUCCUAUCCAUGUUGCAGAGUACCUUCUGGAUUGUGCUCGUCUUGUCAGAGAAGAUUUAUAUGUUGUUGCUGAGCUUUUUACAAAUAAUGAAGAAACUGAUAAUGUAUUUAUUAACCGCCUUGGUUUGAACUCGCUUAUUAGGGAAAGUUUAAAUGCAGCUACUUCUCAUGAGCUUGGUAGAUUGGUUUAUCAUUAUGGAGGAGAUCCGGUUGGUUCAUUUAUUCAUUGGUCAUCUAGUGAACUUCACCCAUAUCGUCCUCAUGCACUAUUUAUGGAUGUUACACAUGAUAAUCCAUCUUAUCUGGAGGUGCGGACAGCUCAAGCUAUGAUUGCUAAUGCAGCUGUUGUCUUAGCUGGGAGUAAUGCCUGUGGUAGUAACAGGGGUUUUGAUGAAAUCGUUCCACACAAUAUAUCUGUUGUAAAUGAAUCAAGGCGAUAUUGUUCAUGGUCAGACAUUAAAUCUGUAGAUAAAGAUUAUGUUUCUUUUCAUAAUGGCUUACUCAAAUUUAAAGAAGUAAUGAAUCGCUUUCACAUUCAACUAAAUAAUGAUGGUUACAAUCAGAUAUUUGUUGAUCAAAGAACACCUGAAAUAACAGUGAUUACUCGCCACAAGCCUGAAAAUCAUGAAAGUUAUAUUGUUAUUGCCCACAGUGCUCCUAACAAAGAAUAUUUAUAUCAUUGUGUUAGAGAUGUUACUGUUGAAGUUGAAGGUAUGUUUGAAGAUUUAGUAUUGGAAGCAUAUAUUGAAAAGGAUGAUGAAAAAGUAUACACAAGAGAUGAUGAUUUUAUCAAUGGUGCACACACUUAUUCUGUGGUCAUAAAUGAGCACGUGGCUGUAGAAAACUCACUUUUUUGCUCAAUUCUAACUCACAAUGAAAAAGAUUAUGUUCUUUUGAGAAAUUUUCCUCCUGGAAGUGUUUUGGUAUUAAAGUAUAUGCAAAAACCUGAAGCACAAUCAUCAAUUGCUUACUUAAGGAGUCAACUUGAACCCACCAAUAAAAGCUUGGAUUUUCUUGAUGACUUAAGUUUAUCUGAUUUUAAUUAUGUGUUAUAUCGUUGCGAGAAUGAAGAAAAAAUAAAUGGUGUUGGAGGAACUUAUGAUAUACCUGGUUAUGGAAAACUAGUUUAUGCAGGUUUACAAGGUAUUUUUUCUCUGCUAAGAAAAGUAAGGCUAAAUAAUGACCUUGGUCAUCCAUUAUGCAAGAAUCUUCGUCAAGGUGAUUGGUUGAUUGAAUAUAUUAUCAGGAGAUUAAACAAUAAUGAAAAAACAAAAUGUCUGGGGGAAUGGUUUGAAGGGUUGUUACAUUGUUUGAAGUGUCUACCGCGAUAUCUGGUUCCCUCAUAUUUUGAAGCAAUAGUUUCUUUUGCAUAUGAAGCAUGUUUGAAUAGCAUCUUUGAGAAGAUGUCUGUAUUUGUAAGAGGAGGAUCUGUCAUGGUUAAAAAUCUUGCACUUGGGUCAGUUCAAAUGUGUGGUAUAGAGGACCAGUCAAUUUUACCACCAGUACCAUUUUGUGAUAAUCUAAAAAUAACAAUGGCAGCUGGAUUGCCUCAUUUUUCUUCUGGUUUCAUGCGUUGUUGGGGAAGAGAUACGUUUGUUUCAAUACGUGGCCUGCUUCUUAUUACUGGAAGGUUUCAGCUUGCUAGAACAUUGAUCCUUGCUUUUGGUGGUGCUUUAAGACAUGGUCUAAUACCUAAUUUAUUAUCUGGUGGGACACAUGCAAGGUAUAAUGCUCGUGAUGCCACAUGGUUUUGGUUAAAAGCUGUAAAAGAUUAUGUACAAAUGAGUGACGAAAGUGUUCAAUUUCUCCAUGCUCCUGUACAGAGGAUGUAUCCAACUGAUGAUUCAGAGCCUCAAUGCUCACAUAUGCAGCCGUUGCAAGAUGUGAUCCAUGAAAUAUUUCAGCGGCAUUUUGAAGGAGUUUGUUUUACUGAACGUAAUGCUGGAAUAGAACUUGAUGAGCAUAUGUCAGAUGAUGGUUUUAUACUUGGUAUUGGAGUUGAUGAAUCUACUGGUUUUGUAUAUGGAGGAAGCAAAUAUAAUUGUGGAACUUGGAUGGAUAAAAUGGGAAGUUCUAAAUGUGCAGGAAAUCAUGGUGUUCCAGCUACUCCAAGGGAUGGAAGCGCUAUUGAAAUUGUAGCUUUAUCUCACUUGGCUUUAAGUUGGUUGGUUGAAAUGAAUGAAAGGAGUUUCUAUGAUUACAGUGUGGUACGGAAAUCCAAUCCCUUGGGUGAAACAGUUUGGAGCUACAAGGAAUGGCGUGAUAAAAUUCAAAAUAAUUUUGAAGAAAAGUUUUUUAUACAAAAAGAUUCAACUGAAAGCAUGAUUCAUAAAAGAGAAAUUUAUAAGGAUACUGUUUUUUCAUCGCUUGUUUAUACUGAUUUUCAACUUCGUCCAAAUUUUCCUAUUGCUAUUUGUUCUUCUUCCUCUUUAUUCAAACCUGAUCAUGUUGAUGUUGCACUUAAAAAGGUUGAACAAUAUCUACUUGGUCCAUUGGGUCUGGCUACACUUGACCCAGAAGAUUGGAACUAUAAUGGGUGUUACAAUAAUGAUUUUGAUAAUAAUGAUUACAAAACAGCUAAAGGGUUUAAUUACCACCAAGGACCGGAAUGGGUAUGGGUCCUUGGACCUUUUCUUAGAGCGAUGUGGAUAUUUGCUAAAAAAUCAAUGAAACCAAUCGAAGAUGUUAGACAAAGAAUAUACGAGAUUUUAUCAAACCAUAAACGCGAAUUACUACACUCAGAUUGGGCUGGGCUACCUGAGUUAACUAAUAAAAAUGGUGAAUUAUGCCAUCAUAGCUGCCCUACCCAAGCCUGGUCAAUGGCAUCUAUAUUAGAAGUUUUGUACGAUAUUCACCAACAAUGAUUUAUGAUAUUUUUUAAUCAAAGCGAUAUUUUCAAUCUUUUUA